AUGUGUGUCGUGGCCUCAAAUCGCGAGGCUUGGAUGUCAGUCUCCCAGCGCCGCUUUUUGGUUAUAGCCCUUAACAGUAUCACCAUCCUCCCGUUCCUUUGGAUCAACUUCAUCGUAUUCGUGCGAAGCAAGCACACUCUGCUAGACACAGUCAUUGUGCUUUGCGGAACUAUCUGCAUUCCAUGGCCUAUUGUCAGCUUCUGGAACUCUGCAAUUGGCCUAUGUAUCAUCUUGUUCGGCAACGCAGAGCGAUCCGUCUACCCAUAUUUUCGACCUCGAGGACCUCUGUCGAAGCUUAGGUCUACGACAGCGCUCACGAUUUUCAUGCGUAACGAAGAUCCAGGUCCAGUGCUCGACCGCCUCUACGCCAUGUAUGAGAGCCUUCAGCAAACCAAUUGCCUCGAGCACUUUCGCUUUGUGCUACUUAGCGACACCGACCACGUUGACGUAGCGCGAUCGGAAGAGGGGGUAUUUGCUCAGCAUGCCGUAUCUCUGAGCGAGGAUAUGGCUAAGCCUCUGUUCUAUCGACGCCGUGAUAGAAACACCGGAUACAAGGCUGGCAACCUCAAGGAUUACCUCGACAACCACUCCCAAGGGGACGACUUCUUCGUCACCCUUGACUCCGACAGCGCUAUGAGCGGCGACAUACUCGUCCGGCUGGUUUCUAGCAUGGAAGAGAACUCCCUCAUCGGGUUAUUGCAGACCAUAGUCAUCGGUAUGCCUGCGGUCAGCGCGUUUACACGGCUCUUCCAGUUCGGCUUGCGUCAUGGGGUGCGAACAUACAACAUGGGCUUCAGCUGGUGGGCUCACGACUGCGCGCUGUAUUGGGGUCACAACGCCAUAAUCCGUACUGAUGCCUUCCACAAGCAUUGCAUGCUGCCGAAGCUCCCUGGAGAGCCGCCGCUGGGUGGUUACAUCCUCAGUCACGAUCUGCUGGAAGCAAUGUUCAUGCGCCGAGGCGGCUACGAGGUCCGGGUGCUGCCUAUCGAAACGGAAAGCUACGAGGCCAAUCCGCCUACAUUUCUCGACUUCCUUCGUCGCGAACUACGCUGGUGUCAGGGAACUAUGCAGUACUGGUUCAUGCUGAGCGAACCUGGCAUUCAUCCAAUCAGCCGCUUUCAGGUGUACCAGACCUUGACCACGUACAUUGGCCAGGCUUGCUGCGUCUUCAUGACCUUGGCAUGCAUCACGAAGGAAGUCAUAGGAGAACCUAGUGUCAUUCAAAUGAGCCUCGUCUUUGGCUGGACUCCGCACCUUGCUCUCGCUGCUUUCGGCAUAUUCCCCAAACUUGCGGGUGUCUUCGAGGCGGUGACAACGUCUUCCAGGCGCUAUGGUGGUAGUUUUCGCUGCAUCCUCUCAACUUUUGUGGAGUUAUUCCUGAUGACCUUCAUUGCACCGAUCACAGCUCUGGCUGUUGCGCUAUUCUUGUGUGGUCUACUCAAGGGCAAGUCCAUCACAUGGGAUGGGCAGAACCGCGAUCGGCUCGGUCUCAGCUGGCGUGACAGCUUCCGGGUUCUGUGGCCGCAGACCGUUCUCGGUUUUGGAGUUUUACUCGCUGUGCGAGGGACUGCUGAGCUGGCGUGGGCUAUCCCAUCAGCCGUAGGUCUCUUGUUGGCGAUACCCGUUGCUGUAAUCACGGCGUCGCCCCGUUUCGGGGAUGCGAUCACUUCUAUGCGCCUCUUCGAGAUUGAACUCCCGCUGUUGUUGUCUAAGCUCCUUCCAGCGGGGUUCAAAGCAAAGAAGAGGAUUUGGGGAGUGAGGUAG